UUCACUUUUCAGCUACCUACAUGCAAUGGGAUUGACAGUGUCCGCUAUUUCGAUACAUGUUCUUCGAGAAUGAGCUGAUCAUGCCCAUAGUAAUCCUAAAAGUAUAGCAAUAUUCGAGUCUCAGUUUAAGCUCAAACACGUCCUUAAAAUGAUGCUCGAACCACAUUUUAAGUUGGAUUGAAAAUCUCCACUUCCUUUUGGGACGACAUCUUGUUGGGCCAAGCUUUGACAACGAUCUCUGAAUGGACUCACCCAAAAUCAUGAUGGGCAAGCUCUGGUAGGUCAGGUGGCUCUACCGACGCUACCGAGCCCUCCUUGCGAAGAUUUAACCUGAAAAUGACCUAGGACUCACUGCAUUUGCCCUUCACCCACCAUAGGACACAUCAAUCCAUGUUUCUUUGCCUGGUUCUUUGCUUCCACGCUAGAAAAUCAUUGUGGCUGAAGAAGUAAAGAAUAAGUUUGGACGAAGAAACAGUGAUAUGUUUGCCUUGAUCAAAACGAUGUGUCAUCCCAAGGAAUUCUUCAAGCCUGGGUUUCGAAGAAUGACCGGCUCCAAAAUGAUUUUGCUUUGGGUUGUUCUCCUCCUGUUUAGUGCGAUGUGUAAGGCUGACGAAGGUGAUGAUGUCGAUCCAUGUGACGAAGCCUCUUUCGAAUGUCCCAAGCCCAAUGGGAAUUUUGCGGAUCCCUGCGAAUGUAGACGAUUCUUCAUUUGCAACAGCUACGUCCCGACCAAAAUCCUCUGUCCCGCUCGACUUCUCUGGGAUGACCGGAAGAAAGAGUGCACCUACGCGAACGAGGCGGAAUGCGGUCCCGUUGAGGUCGAGGAGAUAGACGAGGAGAAGGAGAAGAUCGAGGAAGCUCCGAAAUGUGAUCCAGAGCUUUGUCAGUUACCCUAUUGUCUUUGUUCCAAGAAUGGCGAUGACCCACCCAUGGACCCAGAGUCCAUUCCUCAGUUCAUUUUGCUCAUGAUCGAUGGGGCUGUGAACACCAACAACUUUGACUACUACGAAUCUUUGUUGAAUAACACAGAUCAGGCGGAAGAAAAACGCCUCAAGGCCACAUUUUUCAUACAAAACGAAUAUUGCAAUUAUUACAUGGUAGAACGCUUGUACACUGAAGGACAUGAAAUCGCCCUGUCUUCGGUGACCGGGGAAAAUCUUCAAAGAGCCAAUGUGUCCGUUUGGCGAAAUGAAUUCAGCAGUCUACGAGAUAUUUUGGUGAAGUUUUCGAAUGUGUCCCCUGAAGACAUCUUGGGUGUUCGUGCUCCUCGCCUUAAGCCCGGUUAUAAUGAGCAAUACCAAGCUUUGAUUGAGGAGGGCUUCAUCUGGGAUAGCUCAGUGUCCACCCUGGCCUUGGAUCCCCCAGUUUGGCCUUACACUUUGGACUACAAGAUCCCUCAUGAUUGUCGAGUCAAGUCUUGUCCAACGAAGUCUUUCCCCGGUCUCUGGGAACUUCCUUUGAACAGUCAUUUUGUGGGUGAUGACACUGGAGGUCAGUGUCCAUUUGUGGAUCAAUGUGUGUUCAGCUUCCAAUCUUCGGAUGACGUAUUUGGGUGGUUGAAGGAAGAUUUCCUCCGGCAUUACGAGACCAACCGUUCGCCGUACCUUCUUUCACUUCACACGAAUUGGUUUUUGACCAAGUCUCAAGACGAGGGGCUCCACAAGUUUGUGGAUUGGGCCCGCACUCAAGAUGACGUCUUCUUCGUGACCGCGACCGAAUUCCUUUUAUGGCUCACCGAUGAAAAUUUGGGCCAGGGCAGCAAAACUUCGUAUAAAACUCCUCCUUUGUUAACGGAGCGGAAAUUGAGUUGCAAUACACCCAACUCAUGUGAACUGCCUCACACUGAAAGUAAUGGAGUUGAAAGUUUACGAUAUAUGAAGACCUGCAGAGAUUGUCCUCAGGUUUAUCCUUGGUUAAAGGACUUGGGGGAGCAAAAUUAAAAACGAAAAGAAAAACAAAAACGGAAAGUAGUUUACCCUGACUUUCCAGUUCCUCACCUCCAUCGAUAUGAAGAACAACAAAAGAUGAUGGAUCAAUAAUGCAAUGUAUGAUGAACACCAUUAGUGGUCUCUGUUAGAUUGUUAUGGCAGCCUUUUAUGAAUUGUUAAAUAGAAAGUAUAUUGGCUUGGAGUGUUCAGUACGAGUCGCAAAUUGGAUGCAAGAAAAACUGAUGCAAUCGUACGUAACCAAGUACAGCAUUUCCAAUUUGAUAACAUUCGAUUCUUGGAGAAAGCAGAUUGUGCAUCACAACGUUGUAUGAGUGUCAAAUGUAACCUUACAGAGUGCUGCAGGGACAAAUAUUCGCCAAGAUUUGUACAGUUAUGUUGAAAAAGAGUGACAUAUACUUAAAUUUUGUCGGCGAUAUAUUUUCCUUUUGGCGUUGUGUCAAAUAAAACCAAUUCGAAUGCCGUUUCAAA